AUGGAAUUCGUCCCUGGACCCGCAGUACACCAAAUUCUCUGCGCCGAUUGUGGUAUUAUCGAACACCGAUUGCGCCCAACUCGGCUAACCUCUGCGUUGCUUGCCUGCGUAACUCGUGAGUCUGUUCUCUCUGGAGACGUAUGGGCUGGAAACGAGAGCCAGUAUCGAUAUUACGGAGGGUAUCCCAAAGCAAGGCGCGUCGACACGAUUUCAAUCCAUUGCUUCUCCAUUAAUCCAUUUUCUAUCGCAGCAUCCGUCGCGUUUUGCAGGAAUUGCGAGCGAUUCCUGUCUCCACCACAAACUUGGACGCUUGCGCAGCCUGAAUCGCCUGAACUGCUGUCGAUCUGCCUCCGCAAACUAAAAGGGCUGAACAAGGUCCGACUAACCGAGGCCCAUUUUAUCUGGACAGAGCCCCAUUCGAAGCGGCUACGAGUAUCGAUAACGAUCCAGAAAGAAGUCUUGAUCAACACUAUACUCGAACAAACGUUUGAACUCGAGUAUCUAGUGCAGUACGGCCAAUGUCCCGACUGUGCGCGGUUGGCGGCGAAGAAUACAUGGAAGGCACUGGUCCAGGUCCGACAAAAAGUGCCCCAUAAGCGGACAUUCCUGUUCCUAGAGCAGUUGAUCCUCAAACAUAACGCGCAAAAGGACACGAUCUCAGUGAAGGAGGUCAAAGACGGCCUGGACUUUUUUUACAGCCAGAGGAGCCAUGCUAUCAAGAUGGUCGAGUUUCUAACAAGUGUUGUGCCCGUAAGAUCUAAAUCUUCAGAACAACUACUAUCUUCGGACACACAUUCGAAUACAGCAAAUUACAAGUUCACGUACUCGGUAGAAAUUGCCCCUGUCUGCAAGGACGACCUUGUUUGCAUUCCGUCAAAACUCGCCCGCUCGAUGAGCAACAUCCAUCCGCUGACAAUCUGCACGCGCAUCGGCAACUCACUGCAGCUGCUUGACCCGACAACGCUGCAAAUUGCUGACGUCUCGACAACCUCAUACUGGCGAACACCAUUCGAUAGUCUAGCGGCCGUAACUGACCUAGUCGAGUUCACCGUGCUCGACAUCGAGCCUGAUGGGCGGACCCGCGGGAAAUAUGUCAUGGCAGACGCACAAGUGGCGUUGGCCGGUGCUUUUCGGGCUCAUGGGGAGGAAGACGAUGUAAUGAUGGACGACGAGUCGUAUGGCGGGCGGGCGGCUCAAAUAUUCCACACCCGCACCCAUCUCGGGGCCAUCCUCCAGCCAGGAGACACUGCGUUUGGUUAUCACCUGACAAAUGCGAACUUCAAUUCAGAAGACUACGCUGCUUUGCGGGCAGAACACCUUCCAGAUGUUGUCCUGGUCAAGAAAGCGUACCCGAACCGGAGGAAGAAAAGCAAGGCCCGCACAUGGCGGCUGCGGAGUAUUGGCAAAGAGGCUGGGGAGGAGGGCGAAACUGGCGGUGGGCGUGGUGUUGUCGGUCGGAUGGGUGGCCGUGACCAGCGCAAGGUCGAAGAAGACUAUGAAAUGUUCUUGCGCGAACUAGAAGAAGACCCAGAAAUGCGUGGCGCGAUCAAUCUCUACAAAGCACCAGUGCAAGAUGCGCGAAUGGCUCCAGCGACCACAGAGAGUCGGGCAGCGGGUAGAAAAGGCGGCAAGCGCAAAGCACAAUUCGCGAUGGAGGUUGAUGCGGCACCGGCUCCAGAAAGGACGACGGACUCGGACGGGGAUGUGGACAAUGAGGCGGACUUCCCUGAUGUCCGAUUAGACGAACUGUUGGAAAACUUUGACGAUCUUACACUGGGAACAAGCGAAGAGUUUGUACCAGAAUGA